AUGAGGAACUCCUGUGCUCGUCUCGCGGUGGAGCGACCGGGUGAAGUGUACUCGAUUCCAAGACACAUCGAGACUGAAGUCGCUCGGAAUGACUUUGUCGGAUACCCCACGACGGCCCAGAACUCGUACAAGGACCAGCUUGAGCACAAGUACGCGGCCAACGAGAACCAAAACAAGCGGCUAGUAGCCAAGAAGUCGGGCACGUCGGAGGUCAAUGCGGACUACAAGGGACAACACAGGAUCUGGCCGGGUCUGUUGCUGUUGUGUGUACUCGUCGUGGGCUUCCUCGUGUUGCUCACGAAAGGAGCGGUGAGUACUUACGAAGCGCGCAAGGCGAGGGCGAUGCGAUACGAGCAGCGUGUGGUCAGGAAACGGUCGAUCAAAGACGGCAAGACCGAUGAGAGCAUGAUCGUUUCGGACGACGGUCAAUUGGGCAAUCCCAGGUCGUACGACACCGGCAUGAGGUGCGAGCUGCCUGACUACCAGAGCAAAAACGGUCAGAUCGUCGCCGUUGCGGCUAAUGGCACGGAAGUGCCGAUCCAGAUCAAAGGCAUCAAUUGGUUUGGUAUGGAAACAGUGGUGGCAGCUCCGUUCGGGCUCUGGGAGAACGCAGAAAACGGAACUACAGCAUACGAGAUCGCCGCGUUUUUAGCGCGAAACAACUUCAACGCAGUACGAUUGCCCGUGUCGGUAGAGAACGUGCUCAAGAACAAUGCGCCCCAGAAAGGUGUGAUCAACUUGUCGAGCAAUCGCGCGAUUAAUGGUACAAGCUUCAUCUCGACGCUACAGACGCUCGUCAAGUCGCUCGCGUACCGCAAGAUCGGUGUAUUGAUUAGUAUGCACCGACUUACGAACAUGAAAUCGGGCGCAACGUGGUACGAUGCAGACCUUGACGUGACGCAAGAGGAUUUUUUGAAUGCAGUUGACAUCGUGUCCUCGAACUUGUGCGGACAAGAGUACUGGAAUGUCAUGGGGAUCGAUUUGAAAAACGAACCUGAGGUUGCAACGUGGGGAACUGGAGACGACGACGACUUUGUCGUGGGCUGCGAGAAAAUUGCCAAGGUCAUGCAUGGCAAUUGCCCGCAAUGGCUCGGAUUCGUUGAGGGUGUGGUAGCUUCCCACACCGCAACGAUCGGCGGCGAGGAGCAGAUUUACUACGAUUGGUGGGGCGGUGGGUUACAGAAAGCAGGAGACACGCAGCCCCAGUUCACAAUUGAGAACAAGGUCGUGUGGGCUCCUCACUACUACACGAGCGCUGUAGCACCCCAGCAUUACUUCUACGGAAACGGAACGACGCCGGACUUUUCGACUUACGUGGAGCUGUCCGAUGAAGAUCUUCUCGCCCGGGUGCAGGACACGAUGCACGACAUGUUUGGUUAUUUGGUUGAGGAAAAGGGCUACGCUUUGCUGCUUGGAGAGUUUGCGGGCUUGUACGCCAAAGAUGAGCACCCGAAAAAGACGAUCAAGCGCACAACCGAUCUGACGGUGCAAGUGCUGAUGGAGAAGAAGUAUGCUGGUGGGUUCAUGUGGUCCUUGAAUCCGGAGAGCGCGUAUCAUUACAACCCAGCUAACACGGAAGGGUCGUUCACAGAAGGCAUGCUGAUGGACGACUGGCUGUCCCCAAACACCGAAUUUCUCGAUGCGUUUGCACCUAUGGAUGCGCUACCGAAUCUACGAAAGUUUCCGUGCUUCAUUGUCGAGGAAGACAGGAAAUGA